UCUCGCAUUUUAGCACCUGUUAUUGUUACUCGUGAUAGAUAAUAUAACAAAUUUGCUGUACAAAUUUAUGUUUUGUUUUGACAACAAAAAUAACUGUGAUAAAUAAAGACAUAAUACUCACGUACAGUCGAGAAAAACAUGCCACUGGUGGAACAAUCGAAUUAUUGCAGUCAACAAAUCAACGUUCCGCCGAGGCUGCCGAUGAUCCUGAAACAGUUUUGCAAAGCAGCGAUUAGAACGCAACCUUAUGAUCUUCUUAAAUGGUCCAGUGCAUAUUUCCGAGCUUUAGCGGAGGGUGAUGAACCACCAGCAAAAGUUAGAUUGGAAUAUCCACCACCAAGCACCGUUUCCGGUUUAACCUUAGGAUUCUUGAAAGUUCUUCUACGACAAUUAGGAGAUUAUAAUAAAGUUGUGCCAGUGGAAACCCUUCUCCGUAGAUGGGAUUGUUUAUGCCUUGAUCGCAAGGAUUUAAAUUUGAUAAUGAUGAUCGGAAAAUUUCGACGCAAGUGUCAGGUGAAAAAAUUUUUGGCUAUUGCUGUUGGUCUUUUGGCUUCCAGUAUUUUCGAAACGAUGGUUAUGAUUUGUGAAUUGUUCACACAUGAACCAGACGGCGGCUCUGCAAUGAUUCCUGUUUCAUUAUUCAUGGAAUUAUAUGGAUUUCUGGCAGGACUUCGAUGUGAUGGAACUAAAAGAGAACCUGAUGAAGAUCCUUUGACAUGUACUAUUUUUGACGAAUCAGAGCAAGGUAAUUUAUGCCCAACAAGUAACGAUUGUACAGAAAAUAAUAACAAACCCAAAGACAGUAGCGUAUCUCUAACGAGCCAAGAUACUGAAACUGACGUUAAUCUGGAGCUGGAAUCUAUUUCGCAGGAAGAUGAUGAGUCAUUUACAAAAAGUAAAUUGUUUUUCAAAUUAAAAAGUGACAAGGAAAAAAAGACGGAAGCAUUAGAGAAAAUUGACACAUCUGGAAGACAAAGUGAAGAGCAUUUAUCGAAAGCCGAAAAUUCAGAAACUGAAAGAAUUGAAUCUUCAAAAAUUGAAGACCAUCAAAAUAACAAUUUAAACGAGCUUAGCAACGAAAAUUCUGUAAAAGCUGAAAAUUUUAGGGACAAAAGCUCUCAAGAAAGUGGUACUGAAUCUCAAAACACAAAUGAUCGACGGAUGAUUGAGUCGCGUGGAGAGAAAGUUAAAAUGAAAAUAAAUGACCCAGCUCUGUUUAAGUAUCAUCAAAAUAUACCAGGCAUAGGACCUCGUUUAUUGGCGGAAGAAGUGGCUUGUGUUGCAAUAUGGAUGAGCGAAUGUGCAAGAAGACAAGAAGGCAUGGUUGGUCCACGAAAUCUUCGGCACUUCCAAUGUCCUCCUCUCGACAGACAACAAAUUCUGCAGUUGCAAAACCUAUAAUCUGUUGUUGUUUCAAUGAUUAAAAUUUUCAUUACAAAUAUCGACGCACUUCCUUAAGACUGAUUGUUACGAAGUAGAUUUGUGUUGGCAAGGACACAAACUUGCGUAAGGUUGAUCACUUUCUCACCCAUUGUUAGUCCUUCUAGAGUUUUAAUAUAAAAUGUUAUGUUAACAUUUUUUCAGUUUAUUUACACUAUAAUGUAAUUCUUUAAU